CUCUCCAGACUGGGAUUGUGUGUGUCAAGUGAUGGGCUAGUGUGUGUAAGUGUACAAGUGAACAGUUAACUCGGUGCUCAAAUGACAACAAGAUAAUAAGAGAACACGAUGGAGAGCCGCGUGGGGCUGGACUACAUAGUGGAGCACGCGGAGUACGCGGGCAAGCUCGCCGCCGCGCUCACGUCCCCCACUCCAGCUGUUAAGAAACAGGUUUUCGAGUUGCUGUCUGCGCUGUGUGUGUACAAUGCGGACGGAUACGCUCGAGCCGUCGACACACUAGACAGAUAUAAGGCUCUCAAAGGUGACCGCUACCGUCUCAAGGUGGUGGUGGAGGAGCUGGCCAAUGCCACCACCAUUGACUACAAGACAGCACUGCUGGCCUUCGUCAACUGCCUCAUCAUCUCCGCACCAAGACUGCCUGACAGGAUCCGCGUGAGGAACGAGUUUAUUGGUCUUGGUCUACUACCAACGUUGAGCAAUUUGAGACACGAGGCAGCCAGUCACCCUGACCUGGGCGUGCAGCUGGAUGUGUUCGAGGAACAACGCGAGAGCGACGAGGCGCAGGGUCCAGGCGGGAUCAACCUCAACUCCCACCUGGAUGUCUUCUAUGCCAUAUUGAAGCAGGUUUCGGACACACCUCAAGAGAUACCAUUCCUGAGCAUCCUCCAGCAUCUGCUACGGAUAGACCCGAAAGAAGCUGUCAGCGACAUCGUGUGGGACACGGCGGAGACGUUGGUGCAUCGUGCCACGUUGCUGGAGACGAGGGAAGAUGCUGCCAAACUGCUGCGAGCACCCAGCGUUCAGGCCAAAAUGGGCUGCACCUGUCAGCACCGCGACAGCAAUGCUGCCCGGAAACAGAGUCUACAGCGGGCGCUGUCCCCGCCGCCCCCGCCGCCGGCGCCCCCGCCCGCACCCGCACCGCCUGCGUGUCCCCCAUCAGUUCCGCCCCUCCCCCCCGCUCCGCCCCCUGCGCCCCCCGCACCGCCCCGCGUCGGCCCGCCCCCGCCCCCCAGCCCGGCGCCCCCGCCCCCGCCCGUCAACAUCAAGCUGCCGCAGCAGGAGACCCCCAUACCCAAGACCAAGAUGAAGACGAUCAACUGGAACAAAAUACCUAGCAAUAAAGUAAUCGGCCAGAAUAACAUUUGGUCUAUAGUGGCGUCCAGUCAUCAGAGCUCUCCCAAAGCCGAGUUGGACUGGAGCGAGAUUGAAAACUUAUUCUGUCAACAGGUACAACCAACUGGCUCAGCCGGUUCCUCGCCCCGCCUGGGCCGAAGCCCCAUCUGCGACAGCUCCGGGGAUCGGAAACCGAGGAAGGAGCCCUCGGAGAUCACCCUGCUGGACGGCAAGAGGAGCUUGAACGUCAACAUAUUCCUGAAGCAGUUUAGAAGUUCCAACGAGGACAUAAUCCAGUUAAUCCGCGAGGGUUCCCACGACGACAUCGGCACGGAGAAGCUGCGGGGUCUCCUCAAGAUACUGCCGGAGAUCGACGAGUGCGAGAUGCUGAAGGCCUUUACCGGCGACGUCACGAAGCUGGGCAACGCUGAGAAGUUCCUGCUGCAGCUGAUACACCUGCCCAAUUACAAGCUCCGCAUAGAGUGCAUGCUGCUGAAGGAGGAGUGGCCGUCCACGGCCGGCUACCUGGAGAGCGCCAUCAACGCCAUACUCGUGGCGGGAGAUGACCUCAUGUCGUCCAGGGCUAUACAGGAGGUGCUAUACAUAGCCCUAAUAGCAGGCAACUUCCUCAACGCGGGCGGGUACGCGGGCGGCGCCGCUGGCGUCAAGCUAUCCUCGCUACAGAAGCUGUCAGACAUCCGAGCUAACAAGCCCGGCAUGAACCUGAUGCAUUAUGUCGCUAUGCAAGCUGAACGCAAGAACAAGGAACUGGUCCACUUCGCUGAUGACAUCAGGGUCCUAGAAGAGGCGUCUAAAGCGAGCGUGGAACAACUGAACAACGAGAUCAAGACGCUCUCACAGCGCAUCACCAACUUGAAGCGCGAGAUACAGACCACCACGCAGCAAGAUAUUAAAGACCAGAUGGGGGAUUUCCUGCAGGUGGCUGAGCGCGAAGUGUCUGUGCUGAACAAGGACAUGGAGGAGGUGGAACACAUCAGGAAGCAGCUGGCAGAGUUCUUCUGCGAGGAUCCCGUCUCCUUCAAACUGGAGGAGUGUUUUAAGACGUUUGUGACAUUCUGCACGAAGUUCCGAUCAGCAGUAUCUGACAACGAGCGGCGACGAGCCAACGAGGAGCAAGCAGCCGCUCGCCGUCGCGCGCGUGAUCAGGCCGCUGUGGCCAGUGCUGGCAAGAGGAAUGGUGGCAGCGUUUGCAGCACGCCGGUGUCGGAGUGCGAGUCGCUGAUGGAGUCGCUGCUGCUGGACAUCCGAAACGGGCUCGGCCGCCGCUCGCUGCGGAAACACGACACACCCUCGCCCGACGUGACCCCCACCGGCAGCCUACGUCGCCGCAGCCGCGCGAGUCCAGCUCAUGAUGACGAGGGUCUGCUCCAGUUCCUGCGAGCGUCUGCCCCUCCCGACGACACGGACCCCCGGGACAGAAGAGCCUGGGGUAGCCUGGACCGGUCGUGGUCACGCCGCGCCCCGGUCCGCGCGCGGCUCGACGUGCCCCGCGAGCGGACGCCGGCGCCCACGACGCCGACCACGCCGACCACGACCGCGCCCGAGCCCACGCCGGCCACACAGGAUGCGACGCCCAAACCCAAAGAAUGGCGCCAAAAGAUCGAGUCGUGGCUGCGUGCGAACAGCGCGGAGGAGCGGCGCGACGUGCGGGAGCGAGCGAGACGGCUGCAGAACAGACGGUCGGCGGAACAGGAUUCAGAGAGCGAACGCAGUACUACACUGGAUCCGUUGCCGGAGAGUCGUCCGGACUGGCGGCCGGCCGUGCUGCCGGAUAGCGACGUCGUGCGAGCCAUCGAGGCUGUUGAAGACGUGCAACCGAAGCCAAAGGAUAGACUGCCUUGGAGGAAGACGGAAGAAAACGAGGAAAUGCGAAGACUAAGAAGACAGCGCUCGAGACCACAGAUAGAAUCUCCUCAACCACUCGUGUCCAUUACCGAAGAAGAUAAAAAUAAGCUACCAGACAUCAAGGUCACCGGUGCCAGGGAGAGGUUUGAAAGAGGUGACCGCGUGGAGAUAGACUCGGAUAACAUAGAAACUCCACCCGUACAGAGGAAAUUCUUCAACCCCCCACCAGAAAGAGAACCCUGUCGAAAGUUCCAGCCGCUUCCGAUAAAUUCGAUCACGAACGACCGAGCGAAUGCAGACAUGCAAAACUUGUGCCAGGAGAUAUUAGGCGAUGGGCAGUUUGAUAGAUUCUCUGCAGCGAGACGGACGAGGAGGUAUAAGAGAAAUCAGGAAGUCAGCUCUCCUGAAGAAGAGAAGAAAGUGGAUCCUCCGGAGCUGAUAGCUCAGACGCAGGUCAUCAGACCUUCGAAAUUGGAAGUCCGAGCCUCGUACGUCGAAACCUCGAAAGAGGCAGCCGUGGCGAAACCCGUCGAGGAAGUCACUAAAGAUGAAAAGGAGAACCGGCUGAAGAGAUGGCAGGAUCGAUUGAAAAACCAAAGCACCGAGAAAUCCCCGACCAAAGAAAAACCGACCCAGGCCAGGAUGAGGCGGCAGACGUCCAUCAACCAGGAGGACGUCCAGAAAGCGAUCAGGGAGCUCAAGUCUCCCACCCAGACUCCAACGGGAGUCUGGUCCAGGAGCGCCUACAGGAGAUCGGCGAACGCCAAGCUGGAUCGAACGCCGACCAUCGAACGAACCACCUCCCCACGGAUACCCAAAACUGAGCACGACGACGAAGGAUUUGAAGAGACUCAGAGCUUGAACUCCGAGAGCGCAUCCCAGGGCGCUUCCUCCGGAUGCAACAUCGAGUGCGAGUCUCCGACGCCCAAGAAGCCAGAAAUCCCAAAGCUAACCAAAGAGAGGAGUACUCCUCCGCGGACGCCACUGAGCUCGCGGCCCUUCCAGAAGCGACCCAACUCCCUUCGAGUGGAAAGAUCCUCCUCAAGAGCAUCCCUUCGCAGCUCGAGGAGUUCCCUCAACAGUUCCACCUCAGUGGCGACGGUGAAGAAGGCCCCGGCGCCGCCGAAGCCCAUCCCGAAAGCGACACCGAAGCCUCCGUCCCGUAUGCCAGCUUCAAGAUCCUCAUCGAGUGGCAGUUCCAUUGGGAACUCCCGGUCGAUAGGAAAACUUCCUAACCGACCGUCAGGGUUCAUGAGACCAACGCAAGCGUCUAAGGGACGAGGAACAGCAACGCAACCGAACCCAAGGUCAGCUUUCAAGUGAUUUUCUGGUAAUUUAAAGAUGGUUUCUUGAGCAAAGUCCCUAAGCGUAUGGGCGUAAUUGACCGAAGUCGAGAAAAAGAUGCUAUUUUAAUGGCGUUUCUAUUAUUAUUAAAUAUUUUAUCAGCCAUUUAGCGAUGAGUAACGUGAUAUUGAAACCUUUAGAUACUGACAACUUUUGAAGCCAAGUCAAUGUGAUUAAUAAAUUCGUAUGUGCAAAACGGCCAAGUCCAACCCAGUGUUAGUAACUUGAUAAGAGAGAUAGAAUCUCAAAAGUAUCUAAAGUUUUCGAUA